AUGAACAGACACAAUGUUUUCGGUUUGAUGGAUAAGGCCAUAGUUGCCGACAGUUCCAGUCACAGACAGACAGACAAGAACAUCUUCACACACAGUGUUGUCAGUCUGACAGAUAAUGCCACCUUUGCCGACAGGUGCAGUGACACACAGAGAGAAAACAAGAAUAUCAACACACAGAAUGUUGUCAGUCUGAAGGAUAACGCCACUGGUGCUGACAGAUUCAGUUACAUAGAGACCACUGACAACAGCAAGUCUGGCAACUCUCAAGAAGUCACUGCUGUGAUUCCUGGAGAACCUAAUGAAAGUAACAAUGACGGUGCUCCACAGUAUAUUGUGGUCAUAUCUGGCAGGUGUCAAACUAAUGUUCAAUCUAAAAACAGUAAAAGUGUUAUCAUUAGUGAUAAAUGUGAUGCUAAGCUAAGUAACACCAGUGUUGAUGUCAGUAAAAAGAAUGAUGUCAGUAAAAAGAAUAAUGUCAGUAAAAAGAAUAAUGUCAAUAAAAAGAAUGAUGUCAGUAAAAAGGAUGCUGUCAAUGAACCGGAUAAUGUCAGUAAAAAGGAGGAUGUCAGUAAACAGGUUGACCUCAGUAAAUGUGUUCAUGUCAGUGGAAAGAAUGAUUUUAGCAAAAAGACUUGUGUCAUUAAUAAGGUUGCUGUCAGGAAAAAGGUCGAUAAAAAGGAUGACGGCGAUGACAACAGUGUGUUAGAUAGUGGCAGUAAUGUGCUGAUCGCUCAUGAAACAGUUGGCGAUAAUAAGAAGAAGACGGUUGGAGAAUUAGUGUCUCCCAU